CAAAUUGAAAUUUGUGUUUAUCCAUACUAGACGAAAAGAGGUGAUCUUGAAAGAUCAACUUGAAAUUGGGUUUUUUUUGUGAUAACAGCAUUGUACCAAAAUGAAGCAAAUUUGUCUCUACUUGAGUCUCUUAGUUUACCAAGCAAGUGCUCAUGUUGUACCAAACAAAACCGAUAUUCCUGAACCACACUUGAAACGGAGUACUAGAGAGGUGCGUGGCCAUAUUCCCGACGAUCCUGCAUUCAUGGCAGUGGUAAUACACGAAGGAUGUGAGAAACUAUGCGGUGGAGUUUUCUUGACUCCGAAAAGUAUCUUGACACUGGCAAACUGUGUUAAAAAAGGUAAAACAAAGAUUAAAAUAUACCCAAAUAUACCCAAUUAUUUGCCUCACUGUGAGGAAGACUUGAACGUUUUUCCGAUUGACAGAGUUCACUUUGUUCCUGGUUACAACCCAAAAUCACAUCAAAAAGACACAACUAGCUUGGCCAUUGUUUACUUGGAGAAACCAGUGAGCAAAGUACAGACGCCUUCAAUCAAUUAUGUUUUCAAUAUGCGUGCUAAAGACCCAACAAUUUUGUACAGUUUGGGUAUUCAUAAACCAGUUCAAAUUACUACUAUUGACGAUCCAGAUAAAUGUAAGGUUACAAAGCCUAAAGAUGCCUCGGUAGUUUGUGGUUCCCUUGCUGCCGCUGAAACGCACAAAUGUUAUCUGGUUCCUGGUUUACCCAUUAUUGUUCAUGAAAAAGGUCAGAUUUAUCUUAAAGGUCUUUUAAUAGAUCCUAUUGGUUGUCCGGCAAGAACUUUGCUCUAUGUUAAUGUAACAUCACAUUCGAAAUGGAUUUUAUCAGAAAUUGAACACGCCAAUGGUAUUUCACCUCAUGUUAUAGCUAAUGAUUCGCUCACGAUGAGAAGCCAUAAGUUCAUUCAUGAGCCAAUCAAUCCUGACAUAGUUGUUCAUAAAACCUGGCCUUGGCCCGUUGAAAAUCAUCAUAUCGAUAAUAGCAUGACUAGCGUGCAUUCCAACCAUGUGUCCCAAGGCUGCGUUUGUAACUGUGAACAACGAAAAGCCAAUCACUCUGAUCCUUUAGAGGAAGAAAUUUUUGGCGCAACGGAAAGAAGCAACAAUAAUAAUAACAAUAAUAACGAUGUGAAGGGUAAUGUAGUCAACAGUAAUCAAAAUAACAAUGAGAAUCAGAAUCAGUAGGAACAAGUGAUCAUUGAUUCGAAUAAAUCUAAUUGUAAUAAAUUUCGAAUAUAAUUGUAAUUUGAACUUCUAAAUUCACAUUAAAAUACGAUGAAGGAUCCGAGGCUUGAAA